AUGGUUACUUUUAACUGUGAGGUAUGCAACGAUACUGUGCCAAAAAAGAAUACCGAAAAGCAUUACUACCGUUGUCCUGACGCGUACUACACAUGCAUCGACUGCAACAAAACCUUCGAUGACGGGAUUAGCUACAAGAAACAUACGCAGUGUAUCAGCGAGGAUGAGAAAUACCAGAAGGGGCUAUAUAAGGGCAAAAAACAGGGCCAAGGAAAUCAGGACAUGAAGGGCAAGCAGGGCCAGCCGGGGAAGGAAAAACAGGGCCAGCAGGAGAAUAAGCAGCAGGAGAAUAAGAAGCAGGAGAAUAAGCAGGAACAACAGGGCGAAAAGGAUGCAACAAAAAGCAAACUCGAGGGCAAAGCCCAAAAUGUUGCCACGGGCUCUGUCGUGCUCAAAAAAGGGGCCUCUCUUUACAAAAUUUUGAAAACUGUCAAGAACAAAGACGAAAAGAAGAAUCUUCUCAAAAAACUGGUGGUGAACAACGAGGGCCAUCUCGUGCUGCAAGAAUAA